AUGGCUUCGCUAUUUCGCUUUCUGAUAGGGAGUCUUAUCUCUCUAGCUUUUUUGACUACAGUCACAGCUGCAGGAAAACAUGAACCGUUCUUUAUGAAUGUAGAAUUAAGUGAUGCUUAUACUGGCACCACAAACUGCACAGACAAAAACCAUUGGUUCCUCAUUACUGCCGACGUCUUUCUUCCCCAAGGCAGCUCGGAUGAUAUUUAUUUGACUGUUCCCGAUGACUUCAGCUCGCUCCCAAAUGGUAGCUUCUCAUUAAAAUAUAACUCCAAAACUAUGGGGUCCGUCUUCAUAAAUGGUUCUAAUGUUUUGAAGAUAUCUCCUGAAGGAAAAGCGGCAAGUAAUGUAACGGCAUCAUUCGAUUUUCUGGCUCAACUGACGACAGACGCAAAGAAACAGAUCCAAUCCCCAGGAAAGAUUGAUUACACAUUCGAAGUAUCAACAGGCUCAGAUUUCACCACUUCGAUUAAUUACGUGGCGCAAGAUCUUCAGGCUUUGACUUCAAAUGGUGGAAUUAAUGCCGACAACAGUACCGCUUGGUUUACAGCUGAUAUACCAGUUUCAAUGUUAAAUCGUCCACUUUAUUUUACAUCUCAAGAAGCAGCGAAUACGACCUAUCAAUUCAAUACGGCUCUUACUUCUGCUGAGAUUGUGGUAGCAGUGGACGCAUUCAAUCAGCCUACGCGCAGUUUUUCCUUCAGUGCCUUUAAGGAUUUAUCCGAUUCUUCCCAGAUCAAGUUGCUGUUCAAUACAACGAUAAACGGUGGCAAAUAUAUCCGUGUUAACUUCUUCACCAAUGUCUUGAAUACAGCCUCGAUCGGAAACACUGUUUCGCUAGACUAUGCCAAUCAAUUAUCGAAAAGAAAUGCGAUUACGGUGACCUCUAACCUAUACUCUAGCUCCCAGAGCAAUGUUCAAAACCAGGAUAGUGAUGAAAGUAGUAACAAUUUGGCCUCCUCAACCGCUACACAAGAGACUUACGAGACAUAUUACUUGGAAUCUACAACCGAGCCGGGUGUCUACACAGAAAUUGGUACCUGGAUUCCAAUCUCCACAUUGAGCAGUCAUAUUGCCACUACAUCAGCUACUUCAAGUGUUCUUGACUCGCUCAAUAGUAUUUCAAGCCCUUCAAUCUCCACGAGUUUUGUGAGUUCAACGCCUGUGACAACCAGCUUAUUGGCAGCUAACUCCUCGACUAGUUACACUGCAACAAAAACCAAAGCGGCUCCCGGAAAGCUAUUGCUGGGCUCGAAAUCCAACUCCUCAGAAGAAUAUCUGACAUACUCUGUGAUUACCACAACUAUAAAUGGUGAAGUCAUAACCUUGACUAGCUUAACUCCAAUUUCGACAUUGUCUUCUGUGAUGCCUUCAACUCAAGGGUUUUAUUUGAACAAGACGGCUAGCAGCCAAUCGACGUUCUUGACUGCCGCCGAAGAUUCCAUCAUAACUAAGUCAAAGUCGGCACUAUCCAGUGACUCAGCUACUUCGACAUCUGUAAGUGCGAUUUCCUCUUCGUUGCAAACAAAGUUCAAUAACAGUACUACAACUUCAACAGAAUCCCAUGGCACCACCACUAUUGCCUCAUCCAAAUCCACAUCAGUUGAGGUUGAUUCCUAUAAAACGUAUGCUGUUAUCACCAAAGAUGACAGUGGUGCAUUCACAACGUACACUAGUGUACGUGCGCUAUCUACUUUAAGUUCGAGCUCAGUGCCUGCCAGCAGUCAAGUGGUAGUAACCAAGGACAAAGGCGAUUUUACUACUUAUGCCAGCGGGUAUCCUUUGACCACUUUGAACUCUGGCUCGGCGUCCCGUGCAAACAUUAUAUCCAGCAGCAGUCGCGGUGCAUUUACUAAAGAUGACAGUGAAUCAUUUACUUCAUACUCCAAAUCGCCCACCGCGCCCACCACGAGUCCAAGCUCAACCUCAGCUAUCUCCUCCCGCGUAGCAAGCUCGACUGUCCUAACCAAUUCUGUCAUGAACAGCACUAGCUCUUUAUGGAUUCAGACUCAGUUGACCUCGACAGGUGACUUGCAGACAUCACACUCAGUGUUGAUGUACCAGGAUGGAGGUGCUCGGGCCUCAGCAGGCUUCGGUGGACUGCUGGUCAGUUUUGUUCUCCUGUGGAUUUUGUAA